AUGAUUAAGAAAUAAACUACGUCAGUAUAACAUUAAAUCUAAGUGCAAACUCAAAUUGUUGAGAUUUCAUGGUAUAGAUAACAUGAAAUAAUCUAUGAAUCCCCUUCUAUUCAAAUGAAGUAGUUAAUUUUUGAACAUUUUGAGUUGUUUCUUUUUCUCAUACUACUGGUAUAUUGCAUCACAUUUUACUUUAUGUAUUAAGCAUUCAGUAAGAAAACUACAAAUAUUAUCGUUAAUAUGAGAAAGGAAAGCACAACUAGUGAUGAUAUGCAAAAGUAUUACGUAUAAACUAAAAUUUAGUUCCAUACAUUUAGGUACAGAAUAAAAUGAAUUACUUAAAAAAGAAGCCACAUCCAGCACUGAAAGCUCUCCAAGAGAAAAAAAUAUAACAGUAAUUUAAAAUUUUUUUUCGGUCAGCCCUCAAGAGACAUAACAAUAAUCAGAUGUUAUCAAAUACGAAAAAAAUGAUGCUGAUAAUAAUUUUGAUAUUGAUGAAAAAAAUAAAGACAUGAAUUUGUUUGAGGAUUUUGGAGAUUAAUAAUAUUUCUUAAAAAAAAAGGAAAAUCGUGAAAAACUUAUGACAUCUAAUAAUAUUGAAUAAAACUUUGAAAAGACUUAAAAUUAAAAAACAACAUAAAUUUUACCAGAUUGGAGUUAAUACUUAGAAAAUAAUAAAUUUGAGAAAUUAUAUGUAUUUCCUAAAAUUAUUGGGAAGGGAACAUUCGGAGAAGUAUAUAAAUGUCAAAAAAUAGUCGAUUUAAAAGAAUACGCAGUGAAAAGAAUCUAUUUCAAAGUUUAAAAUGAAAAAAAUUUAAGAGAUCAUCCAAUAUUUCGUGAAAUAAAUGGUCUAUAAGAAAUUAACCAUAAAAAUAUAGUUAGAUAUUAUACAAGUUGGAUAUAAGAAUUAAAUUCUGAAAUGAAAGCUGAAAUAAAAUAAUUACAUGAUUUAGUUAAUGAAAAAAAAUAAUAAGUAUAAAAUGAUGAAAAUGAUGCAGUUUCUUCUGAUGCUUUUAAUCUAAUUGAUGAAAAUUCAUAUUUAAAUAUUUGUGUGUAAUUUAUUGGAGAAGGAAGUAGUGAGAAUGAUAAAUAAAUAUAAACUAUUUCUAAAUAUACAAAGAGUGUACAAAGUGUACAUUUAUCUGAUUUUAGUAGCUAAAUUUAAUCUCGAAUGAGAAGAUUUCAUUUUAAUCCCAAUCAAAAAGAUGAAUAAUUUUAAAUUUUUAUGUUGUAUAUUGAAGUAAACUAUUAAUUAUAUUAUUAGAUGGAAUUAUGUGAUUUUACAUUAAAAGAUUUUAUAGAGAAAGUCGAUAGAAAAAAGGAUAAGGAUUUAAUUAAAACUAUCUUUAAAUAAAUAAUAGAAGGAGUUAUUUAUAUGCACAAUUUAUAAUUCAUUCACAGAGAUUUAAAGUAGAUUUAUUAUUUAUCAUAGACCUCAGAAUAUAUUUAUAAAUUCUAAAAAUGAAGUUAAAAUUGGAGAUCUAGGAUUAUGCAAUAAUCGAAUAUAUUAAGUUGAUGAAGAUAUAUUCUAAACCAAUUUUGAGUAUACAAAUAACGUUGGAACUCCAAUGUAUAUGGCACCAGAAGUCAAAGAAGAUUAGUAUGGAUCACCUGCUGACAUAUAUGCUUUGGGUAUUAUUCUAUUUGAAAUGUUAUGGAAAAUUAAAACUAAUUCUGAAAAGUUUAAGUAUUUUAUUGAAUAUUAUUUAGAUUGAUAUAAAACCUUACUAAAGAUUCUAUGUUACCUCCUGAUUUAUCCAAUGACUAUCCGAUUGAAUCUGAAUUAAUUCUAAAAAUGGUUAGUCCAAAUCCUCAUAAUAGGCCAACUGCUUAAUAGAUAUACAAUACACUUAAUCAAUAAAACUGAUAACACU